AUGAGGGGAGCCAGUCCCUCCCCACGACAGUCCCCCCGGGCCCUCCGACCAGAUCCGGGCCCCGCCAUGUCCUUCUUCCGGCGGAAAGUUGAGGCCAAAGAAAAUGAAAAUACCCCCUUCUUAAAAAUUACAGCUUCAACAUCUGUACAUUUCCCACAAAAAAGCACUAAAGAUCAUGCCUUGCUGGAGGCUGCAGGACCAAGUCAUGUUGCAAUCAAUGCCAUUUCUGCCAACAUGGACUCCUUUUCAAGUAGUAGGACAGCAGCGCUUAAGAAGCAGCCAAGUCACAUGGAGGCCGCUCAUUUUGGUGACCUGGGUAGAUCAUGUUUGGACUACCAGACACAAGAGACCAAAUCAAGUCUCUCAAAGACCCUUGAACAAGUCUUGCAUGACACUGUUGUCCUCCCUUAUUUCAUUCAGUUCAUGGAACUUCGUAGAAUGGAACAUUUGGUUAAAUUUUGGUUAGAGGCUGAAAGUUUUUACUCUACAACUUGGUCCCGCAUAAGAGCACACAGUCUGAAUACAGUGAAGCAGAGUUCAUUGGCUGAGCCUGUCUCUCCAGCUAAAAAGCAAGAAACCACACCAUCUUUUUUAACUGAGUCUCUUAAGAGAUUGGAGGAUUCUAGCUCACCCCAAUUGCUUAUGACUCAGUCAGAAAGAGUCAACCUUAGUAGAACUAACAAUAUUCAGAAUCAUUUGCUGCGUUGCCAGGAAUGUGAAGAUGUCCAUCCUUUCCAUCUUGAAAUGACCAGAGGAACUUACCAAGUUUCCAUAGAAAACCAAGAAUCCUCCAGACUUGUAGUAGCCAGUAGAAAUAGUCCACUAAAGGAAUUAUCAGGAAAACUAAUGAAAAGUAUUGAACAAGAUGCAGUGAAUACUUUUACUAAAUAUAUCUCACCAGAUGCUGCUAAGCCAAUACCAAUUACAGAAGCAAUGAGAAAUGACAUUAUAGCUAAGAUAUGUGGAGAAGAUGGACAGGUGGAUCCCAACUGUUUUGUUUUGGCACAGUCCAUAGUCUUCAGUGCAAUGGAGCAAGAACACUUUAGUGAGUUUCUAAGAAGUCACCAUUUCUGUAAAUAUCAGAUUGAAGUACUAACCAGUGGAACUGUUUACCUGGCUGACAUUCUCUUCUGUGAGUCAGCCCUCUUUUAUUUCUCUGAGUACAUGGAAAAAGAGGAUGCUAUGAAUAUCUUACAGUUCUGGUUAGCUGGAGAUAACUUCCAGUCUCAGCUUGCUGCCAAAAAGGGCCAGUAUGAUGGGCAAGAGGCACAGAAUGAUGCCAUGAUUUUAUAUGACAAGUACUUCUCCCUUCAAGCCACACAUCCCCUUGGUUUUGAUGACAUUGUACGGUUAGAAAUUGAAUCUAAUAUCUGUAGAGAAGGUGGGCCACUCCCCAACUGUUUCACAACUCCAUUACGCCAGGCCUGGACAACAAUGGAGAAGGUCUUUUUGCCUGGCUUUUUGUCCAGCAAUCUUUACUAUAAGUUUUUGAAUGAUCUCAUCCAUUCAGUUCGAGGAGAUGAAUUUCUGGGAGGGAAUGUUUCAUUGACGGCUUAUGGCUCUGUUGGUGCUCCUGAUGAAUCUUCUCCAACUGGUACCAACAACUCUUAUCAGUCUAGUGUGAAAAAGCCCAGUGUUAAAAUUCUGAAAAACUUUGAUGAAGCAAUAAUUGUGGAUGCUGCAAGUCUGGAUCCAGAAUCUCUAUAUCAACGAACCUAUGCAGGAAAAAUGACGUUUGGCAGAGUCAGUGACCUGGGCCAAUUUAUCCGAGAAUCUGAACCUGAACCAGAUGUAAAGAAGUCAAAAGGAUCCAUGUUCUCACAGGCUAUGAAGAAGUGGGUGCAAGGAAAUACCAAUGAGGCCCAAGAAGAACUAGCUUGGAAGAUUGCUAAGAUGAUAGUCAGUGAUGUUAUGCACCAGGCACAAUAUGAUCAACCAUUAGAGAAAUCUACAAAGCUGCCCGCACACGAGAUGACUCGCGCCCGCUGGUUGCCCAGAAGCGAGAUGACGUGUGCCCCUCAGCCAUCCGUGCUGGGGGAUGGUGUGCACACACCCCCACCAGCUGCCCACGCACAAAAUGACGGUCGCCCGCUGACUGCCCAUGCUGGGGGAUGGUGCCUGCUGGCUGCCCGCACAGAAGAUGAUACACGCCCACCAGCCACCCACGUGGGAGAUGAUGCACGGGAGAUGGCGAGCCCCCCCAGUCACCGGCGCUGGGGGGUGGUGUGUGCCUGCCGGCCACCCACAUAG